CAGAUGUGUUUUUGUCAGCUCCUUGUCACGUGAAGCUAAUAGGCUAACGAUUACUUAACGGUGACUGGGGCUGGGAGUCGGUUGACAUCCGAGCCCCGACUUAUUGUCACUGGUCGACGAUAACGGUGGCGACUCUCUCCCUCCACGGUCUGUGUAGUUUGUACAUUUUGUGCACACUCAGCCGAUUAUCUUAGCGACUUUUGCCCUCUGUGUUUAGAGCUUGCUCACUUUCUCAUGCUAGCUAGUUAGCCGCUCGGCUAACUGGCAGCUGUACUGCAGCGCCGCUCACUAACGGCCAGGACGCACAACAGCGGGAUGCGCAAUGGCAUCAGUUCGGGUGGCGGUCCGGGUCAGGCCUAUGAACAGGCGGGAAAAGGACUUGACCUCAAAAUGCAUCAUCAAGAUGGAAGGAACCAAAACCUCCAUCACCAACCUGAAGCUCCCUGAUGGCAUCGCUGGAGAUUCGAUGAGGGAUCGAAGCAAAACCUUCACAUACGACUUCUCCUAUGACUCUACAGACUGCAGGAGCUCCACGUUCGUCUCUCAGGAGAAGGUCUUCAAAGAUCUGGGCUCUGAUGUGCUGAGAGCAGCGUUUGAGGGCUACAACGCCUGCGUCUUCGCCUACGGUCAGACCGGCUCGGGGAAGUCCUACACCAUGAUGGGCACUCCUGGAGAGGCAGGUUUGAUCCCGAGGAUCUGUGAAGGUCUAUUCAGCCGUGUCUCCGAGGCGACUCGAUGGGAUGAAGCUUCGUUUCGUACAGAAGUCAGCUACCUGGAGAUCUACAACGAGAGGGUGAGGGACCUGCUAAGGAGGAAGUCCACUCAGACCUACAACCUGAGGGUCCGAGAGCACCCCAAAGAUGGACCGUACGUAGAAGAUCUGUCCAAACACCUGGUCCAGAACUACAGCGAUGUUGAGGAGCUGAUGGAGGCCGGAAACAUCAACCGCACCACUGCCAGCACCUGCAUGAAUGACGUCAGCAGCCGCUCGCACGCCAUCUUCACCAUCAACUUCACACAGGCUAAGUUCGAUGCGGAGAUGCCCAUUGAAACUGUCAGUAAGAUCCAUCUGGUCGAUCUGGCCGGCAGCGAGCGAGCUGACACCACUGGAGCUACCGGCGUCCGACUGAAAGAAGGAGGAAACAUCAACAAGUCACUGGUCACUCUGGGCAACGUCAUCUCCUCUUUAGCCGACAUGACGCAGGACAGAGUCAACACCAACCUGAAGAAGAAGUCGGUGUUUGUUCCCUACAGAGACUCGGUGCUAACAUGGCUGCUGAAAGACAGCCUGGGUGGCAACUCCAAGACCAUCAUGAUCGCCACCAUUUCCCCUGCUGAUGUGAACUAUGGUGAGACCCUCAGCACUCUGCGAUAUGCCAACAGAGCCAAGAACAUCAUCAACAAGCCCACCAUUAACGAGGAUGCCAACGUCAGGCUGAUCAGAGAACUGCGGGCUGAGAUCGCCCGACUGAAGGCUCUGCUGGUUCAGGGCAACCAGAUCGCUCUCCUGGAUUCGCCCACUGCUCUGAGCAUGGAGGAGAAACUGCACCAGAAUGAAGCCAGAGUCCUGGAACUGACUAAAGAAUGGACCAACAAAUGGAACGAGACACAGAACAUACUUAAGGAGGAGACUCUGGCACUGAGGAAAGAGGGGAUCGGUGUGGUGUUGGACUCAGAGCUGCCUCACCUCAUCGGCAUCGACGACGACCUGCUCAGCACGGGCAUCAUCCUGUACCACCUGAAGGAGGGACGGACGUACGUGGGCCGAGAGGACGCAUCCACAGUGCAAGACAUCGUCCUGCACGGCCUGGGCCUCGAGAGCGAACACUGCAUGUUUGAGAACCAGAAUGGGACUGUGACUCUGGUGCCGCUCGGCGGGGCUCAGUGUUCGAUCAACGGCGUUCAGGUGACCGAGCCGUCGCAGCUCAACCAAGGUGCCGUUAUUCUGCUCGGCAGGACAAACAUGUUUCGGUUCAACCAUCCAAAGGAGGCGGCCAAGCUGAGAGAGAAACGAAAGAGUGGCCUCCUCUCCACAUUCAGCCUGUCCAUGACGGACCUGUCCAAGUCCUGUGAGAACCUCUCCACUGUGAUGCUCUACAACCCGGGGCUGGAGUUUGAGAGACAGCAGCGAGAAGAGCUGGAGAAGCUGGAGCUGAAAAGGAGGCUGAUCAAGGAGAUGGAGGCGAAGCAGCAGAGUGAGAAGGCGGAGCUGGAGCGUCUCCAGCAGGAGGUGGAGAGUCAGCGGAAGGAGUCCGAGGAGGUGCAGCAGCGCAUCCUCCGUCAGGAGGAGAGCCUCCGCCGCCGCAGCCAGGACAUCGAGAGCCGUCUGCGGGACUUCCUGGCAGAGAAGGAGCGUUUUGAGGAGGAAAGACGCUCAGAGAUCCAGGGGGUGGACCUCCAGCAGCAACACCGGUGGAGACGGCAGCAAGAGGAUGGAGCGGAGCAGCAGGAGGAGGAGGAGGAGGAGCGGCGGCAGCAGGAGGCCAUAGAACAGACUGAGAUUUGUCGCGAGCUGGAGAGGCUGAAAAGGGAACGUGAUGAGCAGAAGGUCCGUCUUGAGACUGAGCGCCGGCGGCUGGAGGAGCAGGAGUGGGAGCAGCUGAGUCUGGUGGGGAGGCUGGAGGAGCAGCUGAGGGAGAAGCAAGAGGCAGCCCCCACCCUACUCACCAGGACAUCCGCCGCCUAUGAGGAGCACCGUGCACUGGCUGAAAUCAGAGAAGCGCUCCUGCGGGCCAAAGAGGCUGGAGAGCGGCCAGGAGUGGAGGACGCCAGCAAGGAGGCGAGGUCCGCCCAGGUCCGAUACAUGGACUUCAGGGCAGCUCAGGUGAGGGAGCUGGGCCAGCUGGAGGACGGGCUCUGGCAGCAGAGGGAGCGCUUGGAGAAGGAGGUGGCUGCAGAGCGUAACACACUGCUGCUCCUUGCCAAUAGCCUCCGAGAACAACAACGGCAGCAGAAAGAGACUCAGGAGACGGGGCUGCAGGGCGUUACAGCUGUCUGCCAGGAGGAGCAGCUGGUCAAACAAGCGGAGCAUAGACUCCAGCUUAAGGAGCAACAACUAGCCAGUCUGGUUGACUGCCUUCUCCCUUCACUGGCUGAGGAGAAGCAGAGGGCUGUGGAGGUGCUGGAGCGCGGCGGCGGAGGCAGCAACGGGAGCUGCGACGGUCCACCAGGACUGGACAACACGCUGUACCAGGUUGAGAAGGAGCUGGAGGACAAAGAGGAGAAACUGAACUUGCACUGGCACCGUGCUCGGCAGCUGCAGCAGCUCCAGGAGACCUACGAGUUCACAGCCAACGUGGCCCGGCAGGAGGAGAAGGUGAGGAGGAAGGAGAAGGAGAUCCUGGAGUCGAAGGAGAAGCAGCAGAGGGAGGCAAUGGAGCAAGCAGUGGCCCGGCUGGAGAAGAGGCACUUGGCCAUAAGACACAGCAUCUCGCUGGAGCCAGACACCGAGGAGCAGAGACACAAGAGCUCGAUCCAGAGGGCGGGGGCUGACCUGGACCAGCAGAGAGUGGAGCAGGAGAUCCAGAAGCUGAAGCAGAGGAUCAGUGAAGGGGAGGAAAACAGGACUCACUCCAUCGGUACCGAUGAGAAGACGAGUCUCACCAGCUCCCCCGUCAGCCACAUCCAGAGCGUGAACGCGCUGCUGCCGCUAUCUGACGACAGCAGGAUAAACGCGUACAUUGAAGAGGAAGUGCAGCGACGGUUGCGAAAGAUGAACCUGAUGAACGGUGGCAGCAGCAGCAGCAGCGUGGCCCUGUCUGUGUCCUGUGACUCGCUCAGGGAGGAGGAGGUUGGCGACUGUAGCUCGGUUAGAUUAACAGAUGAGGAUGACGAAAAGCUGCAAGUCAAUAAUCCAAGGAGACUUAAAUACCAGCGCUGGAUGUCUCGUCUUGUGGCGACGAGCUCCGACCGCCUCCAGGAGCCCGUCAGAAUUAGCAUCCCUCGUUACGUUCUGCGUGGGCAGGGGAAGGACGAGCACUUUGAGUUCGAAGUGAAGAUCACUGUGAUGGACGAGACGUGGACCGUGUUCAGACGUUACAGCCGCUUCCGGGAGAUGCACAAGAGCCUCAAGUUAAAGUAUCCGGAGCUGGCGGCUCUCGAGUUCCCUCCGAAGAAACUGUUUGGCAACCGGGAUGAGCGGAUGGUCGCUGAGCGCAGGAACCACCUGGAGCGUUACCUGAGGAGCCUGUUCCGGGUGAUGCUGUCGUCCUCCAGCUCUCCCCUCAGAUCCCACGCUGACGAAGGUGUCCAUCUGUCCAAACACGCCAUCUGCGAGUUCUCGUCCUUCUUCAAGAAGGGUGUCUUCGAGCACAGCAGCCAUGGCACCGGCUGAAAACACAGACCCGCUCGGCGCCUCUUCCCCAGCCGUAGUCUGGGAGAAGGUCUGAGGAGGGAGAAGCCACACGUCAGUUUCGACUUGCACAUCCUGUCGUGACACGAGACAAACACCUCCCACCUGCUGCUCAACUCUGCGCCCAGCGGGGACUUGACCCUGAAUGUUAACGUAGCUCCUUUAGUCUGCUCUGUUUGAGAGAUGCAUUGUGUGUCCAGAGAAAAGUACAACUUCAUGUGGUCUUCAGUUGAUGGAAACACUUGACACAAAGGAGUUGUGUGCAUUCCUGUGAUAAAUGGUUAAAGUGAAUGACGGCAGCCUCUUCCUGUAAUGAAACGAACACUGGGGUUGGGGUUCGAUUCCCUGUGCCGCUCAGUGCGUCAGCUCCCUUCACUCGCUGGCUUUGACCUGAACCUUGCUCACAGCAGCAAACUAGUGAACGGUUUCGAUGAAACAUUGUCGUUUAUCAAACUGCCAAAAGUUCACUUGUUCCAGCUUCUGAAACCUGAAGAUUUGCUGCUUUUCUCUGUUUCAUAUCAAUGCAAAGUGAAAACCUUCACACUUGGGUCAAAACAAGCCCCCAGUGGAUCUGAUCUCAGGCUCUGUGAGGCAUCUGACAUUUUAGAGACACGUGGCACCAGGAGAACAUCUAGUUUAGAAACAGGCCAGUGGCUGGAAACUACAGCGUGUCCUGCUGAGGUCAGUAAGCAUGUGACCCUCCUCCUAACCUGUUACCUCGGGUCAAAGACACCAACACACACUACAUGCAGCUGUGCAGUAACGAGAGCGACACUGUGCUGGUUUGGUGCAGCGCAGAUGUGGCGCUUCGCUGAACUGGUCCUGGAAAGUUCACUGUGACGGAGCAGAAGAUGCUGCUGGGCAGCAACGGCUCUUCGCACUGUUAGGAACGUGUGCAGCUGGAAGGCAUUCUUUGUGACAGAUGUGGAGUCAGAGCAGCGUCGGCAUCCCCAAAAUAAUACCAAAACCCAGUGCUGGCAAACUCCAGCACUUCAUACCCCAGAUGUUUUUGUUUAACCCAAGUUUAGUUGGUCCUCAGAUUAGAGCUGACCUGAGGAAACAUCUGGCAGGUGAGUUUUAAAUCUACAAAGUCAGGGUGAAAAGAGGUGAAGCUGAGAGUAAAACAGGCCUGUUUCCUGAUGGAGCUUUUAUUUAUACGCAUUAGCUUUUCAACAUGUUUAUUAAAAUGGAGUGAGAUGUUCGGAGACCCCAUCACAACAAAGAUCUCUCUCCAGUGGGCCUCGCUGCAUCGGCACAAGGCCAAACAUCUGUGAGCCGUCAGGUUUCCAGAUGUUCUCCCAGAGGAAGGCCUGGCCCUGCAUCAGUGGUAGAUAAUUUAUUUUGAUUUAGUUUCCAAAGAUUCAGGGAGCAAACCAGCAUCUGUCUGUCAAGUCUUCCACACGUAGCUUCAACAGGAAACGCGUUCAGACCUGAAACUAGGCGAGGUCACUGUGACCGGCGACCAUGGGCUGCUGCUUACAUAAGCCAUACUGUGUGUGUAUAGACUGUAAAUGUGGAUGUGCAUAGGUUUUCUACAGGAUAUGAACGUCAGUAAAGGGAAUGAACCAGAACAUUCUGACUGUGUGGACUG